UCAUCUACCUAUCACUGCUCGCGGACCUCGCGCACUUUGCGGGUGCAUAACCAUCAUUAUGCUUGGUCAGCUUGGGCUACCGAAAAGAUAUAGACCUUUAGCAUAGCGGUUGUCCUGGUAGAGUUGUGGACUUGGCAUUCGAUUCGACUGCUGAUGACAGACUUCACAUCUACCUCGGCUUGAGCGAGUCUCCAACCUGUGGUCUCACCCGAGGAUUCCAAAAUUAAGACAACGCUGUACUAAAUGCCUACCGGUCGAGGCAUGAAGUUGCGCAACGUUCUGACAACUUGAGGACUUGCUGAACUAGACUGUCAAAGUCGACGCUGCCUUUGACGCCGCGCCUGGAGCACGGGUCGGAAAGAUAAAUUAGAAGCGCGCAUCGAUUGGUUCAGCAUACCAGCAAUCUUGCCACGAUGGCGGUCAAAGACUACAAAUACGAGUUCUUUAACGUCACCUUUCCGUCCGAAUAUGUCGCACAAGUCGAGAUCAACCGGCCACAAAAACUCAAUGCCUUCCACGAGCCGAUGUGGGUCAAUAUUGGUGCUAUAUUUCGUCGACUGUCCUAUGAUCCGGACGUACGGGUUGUGAUACUUACUGCAGCCGGAGACAGGGGUUUUACUGCUGGUCUUGACGUCCAGCAAGCUUCUACUGGGGGAGUACUCGCUCAGCCAGAUGCGAAGGCCGGCUCGGUGGAUCCUGCGCGGAGAGCUGUAGCGAUUAAGCGCCAUAUGCAGGAGUUCCAGGAUGAUAUCUCCGCCAUUGAGAAAUGUGAGAAGCCUGUGAUUGCUGUGUUGCAUGGCAUCAGCUUCGGACUGGCAAUCGAUAUGACGACCUGUUGCGAUAUACGGUUGUGCGCCAAAGACACGAGGUUUUCGGUGCGAGAAGUUGAGAUAGGCCUCGCCGCUGAUAUUGGCACGCUCACACGGCUGCCGAAAGCCAAUGUACCGUUAAGCUGGGUGAAGGACGUCUGUCUUACGGCUCGCGACUUUACUGCCGAUGAGGCGCUGAGGGUAGGGUUCGUAUCAGGCGUGUACGAUUCAAAGGCUGCGACUUUGCAGAAGGCGCUCGAGGUGGCCAAGGUACUUGCGACGAAGAGUCCCGUCGCCGUGCAGGGAACGAAAGAGGUCUUGAACUUCUCGCGGGAUCACAAUGUCGCGGACGGUCUGAAUUACAUCAAGGUGUGGAAUGCAUCCAUGCUACAAACGAAAGAUGUCGAAGACGCCAUGCUUGCAGGACUCAAGAAGACAAAACCUACGUUUGCAAAGUUGUGAAAAUAGCAAUGAAAGCUUGAGUUACGCCCCGAGGCCGCAAUUACCAGCUUAUGGCGAAGUGCACCGUGACAUGUGAUUGAGUACAGCGAUAGCAUGCCUUCCAUACCGAGCCACUGCGCCUCAUGCGACAUUGUGACUCUCACGCUCGCAGUACAU